CGGAUUAGCUGUUCAUGAGGCUACAUUUCACUUAAUGUAAGAUUAGUGCUGCUCUACAGUCUAUCUCAGCCCUCAGAGUCACCCCCAUUACACUAACACUGGGGGAUUUUGGACAAAGCUACAGAAAAGGGGGCAGAAAAACCAGCGUAGAGUUUUUUUCUUGCUCUUAUCUUGUCUUACACGAAGGAAGACGAUGUUGGUACCAACUAUUUUCCCCCUCCUUCAGAGGCUUCCUUCUCAGCAGAGCUGUGCAGAAAGAAGCCCGGCCCAUUAGCUCCACAAUAACAGCCCUGAGAGAGAGAGAGAGAGAGAGCGCGAGUGAGUGAGCGAGUGAGUCCGUUCACUCCAAGCUUGACGAGCCUUUUCGGCGAGCCUCAGCGUCGUGUUUUAAAGGAGAACCGGCCCCCUUCGGCUCUAACCGCGCUCUAGGUCCGUGCUAAAGGAGCUAAGCGCUCAACUUGGCUCUUUUGUUUCCAUCACGCACGCGCCAACAAGCAGCGCUGCGGUUCUGAAGGUUCGAAUGUUCUGAAGGUUCCGCCGCGAUCCGCGUGCAGCGCAGCUGAGGAGAGCGACCAACUCCGCUCUGCGAAUAAAUGGAUUCCGUGCUUGUUCUGUCGUUUUUCCUGCGCUUCGUAUGAGAAGACGGCACUAAGUUCCAGCUUGACCCCCCUCCUCCAGCCCCCCCGUCUCCGUCUCCCUCUCCCGCUGCUGGGCUGCUCGGUAUUCGUGUCGCUUCAUUAGCUUUACUUAAUCAUACGAGCUCACGCGGGAACUGAUUUUCCACAGGACAAAAAAACAAAACAAAAAAAACAACAACAAAAAAACCAAAAACAAACAAAAAAAAAACCAAAACGGAGGGAAACAACGAACGGCGUUUUCAUGAGGAGAGCAGCGGGAUUAUUCAGCCACAUUUCUUCGUGAGGGUCCCGCACAUAAAGAGAGGAGGGGGGGCAUCAUCUACACCUCACACCUCUCACAGGAAUUUCAGCAUUUAUUCCCUUCUUCCAGUCGUGAAAGACGCCUCCGGUCCAGCAAUGCAGCUCCGCACCGUUUUGGACGUGAAAGUCGUGGACGUGGAGAAGAGAAGGCACCCCUCCAAACACUACGUGUAUCUCAUCAAUGUCACUUACUCCGACUCCACGUCCCACGUCAUCUACAGGAGAUACAGCAAAUUCUUUGACCUUCAGAUGCAGAUUCUUGACAAGUUCCCGAUCGAGGGAGGGCAGAAAGACCCCAAAAAGCGCAUCAUCCCUUUUCUUCCAGGUAAAAUCCUGUUUCGACGAAGUCAUGUACGGGACGUGGCCAUGAAGAGACUGCGCUUUAUAGAUGAUUAUUGCAGGGCGCUGGUGCGACUUCCUCCCCAGAUCUCCCAGAGCGAAGAGGUCCUGCGCUUCUUCGAGACCAAACCAGAUGACAUCAACCCUCCUGUAGAGGACUAUGGCUCCAAACGCAAAUCAGUGUGGAUGUAUGGCCUACAGGACAGUCCCACCAAGUCUGAGGCCUCAGGCCUGGACAGCGGGGAGCCCAUGGUGCUGGAGCAGUACGUGGCCGUGGCCAGCUACGAGCGGCAGGAGAACUCCGAGAUCAGCCUGAGAGCCGGCGAGACGGUGGACGUGAUCGAGAAGAGCGAGAGCGGUUGGUGGUUUGUCAGUACUGUAGAAGAACAGGGCUGGGUUCCUGCCACAUAUCUGGACGCUCAAACCGGCACCAGAGAUGAUCUGGAUCUGGGCACAUCUAGAUCAGGAGAGGUUACUAAGCGGCGCAAGGCCCACCUGAAGAGACUGGACCGGAGGUGGACACUAGGGGGCAUAGUCAACCGCCAACAGAGUCGAGAGGAGAAAUAUGUCACUUUGCAGCCCUACACCAGUCAGGGAAAGGACGAGAUUGGGUUUGAAAAAGGAGUAACCGUGGAGGUCAUUCAGAAGAACCUGGAAGGAUGGUGGUAUAUCAGGUACCUGGGGAAGGAAGGCUGGGCCCCAGCCUCAUACCUGAAGAAGCUGAAGGACGAUCUGUCCCCAAGGAAGAAGACCCUGACUGGCCCAGUGGAGAUCAUUGGCAACAUAAUGGAGAUCAGUAACCUGCUCAACAAGAAAGCUGUCAGUGAGAAGGACGUGCAGACAGACGGAGAGCCCACCACGCCAGAGCGCCACAUCUCCAAGAGCGAGAUCAGUCUUCCCAUCCCAUGUAACGCUGAAGCAGACCAGGCCAUGACAUCCAGCACUGCUGCAGCAAUAGGCUCAGGGUGUGGACCAAGCACCAUUCUACAGGACAGUAAGCCAAAGGCAGAGCCAGGGUCACCUGCCAUAGCAAGAGUGGCUCCGCAUCGGGUGGAAAUUGGCUUUGAAGUCAUAGGAUCUCCAAAUCUCAGACAGAAACCUCCCCCUCGAAGAGAGACAAAUCUCGGAUUCCAGUUGCCAAAGCCUCCAGAGCCCCCUACUGUGGAAGCGGAGUACUACACCAUCGCAGAGUUUCAGUCCUGCAUCUCAGAUGGCAUCAGCUUCCGUGGAGGACAAAAGGCUGAUGUAAUAGAGAAGAACUCUAACGGCUGGUGGUACGUCCAGAUUGGGGACACGGAGGGUUGGGCACCUUGUUCCUAUAUUGACAAGCGCAAGAAGCCAAAUCUGAGCAGGAGAUCUAGCACACUCACCCGGCCAAAAGUUCCUCCCCCAGCACCUCCUGUCAAAAAGCAAGACUCUGAGGAAACACCCUUUGCAAGUGGUUGCACAUCCAAAGCUCCAGAAUCCCCCAGCAGGCCUGUUUAUGAGGAGCCUGAAUAUGACAUUCCUGCCAUUGGCUGUGACUUAGACUUGGACACAAGUAUUAAGAAGGACACAAGUAUAAAGAAAGAUACAAGUAUAAAAAAGGACACAAUUAUAAAAAAAGACACAAUUAUAAAAAAGGAACCACGUCCUGUGCAGAUUAAAAGCAGUAAAGCUGCUGCUGAAAGGAUCGCUCAGGCUACAGGCAAAGCCUCACCUCUUUUACUUGUGAAGAGCUCCCCUUUCAGGAAUGAAGACUCACUAGAAAAUGCCACCAAAGAGGAGGCUAUUUAUGAGAAUGAUGGAUUUAGAUUCUCAUCUGACGACUUUGCCUCUACUAGAGAAUCCAGUGGUGGUGAUUCAGACUCCCCACGGAGCCGCACCUUGGGCCGCAAGCCCCUGGGGUCUUCUACUGGGGGAGGAAAGUCACUCAGGGACACUCCGGAUCUGUACAGGAGUCAUUCACUGAACCGUCCUGAGAAGAACAGCCCUAGGUCAUCUUCGGAUGAAUCAGGUCGCAAUCCCAAAAGAGAGCCGGUCAUGCGCAAGGAUGUAGAAAUCCAGAUCGGUCAAAGUCCCUCAACCCGACCCAAACCAGUUGUCCGGCCCAAGCCCCUUCUGAGUAAGUCCGAACCACAGAGCCCAGAAAGGAUGGACAUCAGUAGCUUGCGGCGGCAGUUGCGUCCCACAGGUGCAAUUCGGCACGGAGUAGUCCGUGCAGCACGUGGCGGAGAAGACUCAGAGACAGCCUCAGUUGUGUCAUCAGAGGACUCAGUCUCUUCUCGAAGCAACUCAGACCUCUCCAGCAUAUACUCUAAGGGCAGCAGGGGUGACUCUGAUUUUGAGGGUUCUUUGUACCGUACCAUGGAUGCCUAUGAACGGGCACAGGACUCUGAGCUCAGCUUCCCUGCCGGAGUGGAGGUGGAGGUACUGGAGAAGCAGGAGAGUGGCUGGUGGUAUGUGCGCUGGGGUGUAGAAGAGGGUUGGGCACCUGCGUUUUACCUGGAACCUGUUAGGCAACCUUCUGAUGUAGGUGUCCCAGAGUCUCUUGAUGGGCAUCUGGCAGAGCUAAGCAAUGCCAGCAAGUCUAAUAGCCUGGAGAAAAAUGAGCAGCGUGUGCAGGCCCUUAACAACCUCAACCAGCAGAAUGUACGUAGACUGAAUAAUCCCAGCCCACCUAUCCCCUCUAAGCCACCUGGGGGCUUUAGUAAACCAUCUACUCAGCUCAACGGGUCAGGUGUACGAAUGCGGAAUGGCAUUCGUCAGGCAGCAGUGCGACCACAGUCAGUUUUUGUGUCUCCUCCACAGCCAGUGAAGGAUACUAAUCUAUAUACAGGGUCCUUGAGGCGUAAUGAAUCUCUGGGUGCCAGUGAUCACAUGAGGUCUAGUGGCGGCGUGCGCCGAAACUCCUCCUUCACUGCUGUGCGGCCCCAGCCGGUAACGGAUGUGCGCUUGAGGUCUGGAACCACCACAGCUGCACCGGCUGGAAGUUCUAGCCCCUUGAUUGCCCAUAGAAAUGGUAUCCCUGUGUCUACCGUGAAGCCUAAACCCAUUGAUAAGUCGAAUCUCAUUCACAACAACCUGCGGGAAAUCUAUGUAUCGAUUGCUGAUUACCGUGGAGAUGAGGAAACAAUGGGCUUCCCUGAAGGCACCAGUCUGGAGGUUCUAGAAAAGAACCCUAAUGGAUGGUGGUACUGUCAGGUUCUAGAUGGCCUACAAGGACGAAAAGGCUGGGUACCAUCCAACUACCUGGAAAGGAAGAAAUAGCGCCCCCCACUCCCCCUGCCCUGCAAAGAAUGUCACUUAAAUGUUUCCUUAUAUGUACAUUUGUUAUCAAACUCUAUGAGGAGGACCUUUUUUGUACCAAUAUGAGACACUUUAGUGCUGGUUUACUAAAAAAGUACAAAAGACUCUAAAGACGAUCAGUGAUGUGGGUGUGGAGAACGCUACUAAGAAUAUGUCAUUGGGCAAAAUCAGGGGUUGGCCAUCCCAGUGUCUUAAGUAUGACUGGAGGAUACUAUCUCCACUUUGAAACAAGAAGAACAUACUCUAGCCUUUCAGAAAGGGUUUUACAUGAAUAAGGAAAUGAUCCGGGCAAACGUUGACAGAAAUUCCAGCCCGAAAUUUUAUGCCAAAUGGGUGCCUUUGUCCAUCGUUGACUGAAUGUUAAUAGGAAUCAUUUGAACACCAGUAAAUCAGUAUCAGUAACCAAAAUUUAAUUCAGUGCCAUAGGCCUAUGAGCGCAGAAUUCACCAAAAUUAUUUUGCUACAGUAUUACAGAGAGAGAGAAAGCGAGAGAGAGAGAAACUAUUUCAACAUAGGAGUAAAUAGGAGUAACACAGAAAAUUAAACCUUUAAGCACUCAGUAACAAGAAUGUACGACAUCGGAUACGCAAAUAACAAAUCGAGUGCAGUUAAAGAUUCAAAACUUUUUUUAAACUUCUACGUUUUUUUUUUUGUUUGUUUGUUUUGUAUCUUGUGCGUUUUCAUGUCUUCCUUAGAGAUGUAUUUCUGCUUUCUUGUGACAUCCGUGCAACUCUUUAUCGGCCUGGAAAAGGAAGUCCCUCAUUGAGACGCUUCCUGUCAUGUGAUCUCUUGUUUGUUCUGAAGUGUCUCUGAAGAGGGUCUUGUAAUUGGCUUUACUUUUUAUGCUCUCCACUUUCUUUUGCCCCCGACAAAGCCCAACCAACAUGAAUAAAGAAUCACUGAUUCAUUAAAGGAUACGAUGUGGUGCGAUUAUGUGUAGUUCACAACUGACAGAGAAUUGGAUACUAUAGUUUUGUUGGAUUUCAGUGCUUUUUUACCCACCUCAUAUCUGGGUGUCUAGCCCAAGCAAGGUUUAGUUUACAAAGUGCAAACAAGUCCUGUUUUUUCUGUUGCAGAGAAACAGGACUUUGUAUAUACUGCUGCUCUAGAUGUGCUAUAUUUACUGCUCUUGAAGUGGUAUUUUGGAAAAUUCAGUACUGGAAAACAUGGCAUAGUAUUCGCCAAUCAAUCCCAGGGAAUUAGUUACAUAGCAAUGAGCCCAAAAUGUGAUCAAACCAAAGCAGAAUGCCAAUACAUUUGCUAGUUUGUUUUGUUUUAGUUUAGUAUUUAUUUUGUGGGUACAAAGAAAUACGGUGUAUUCAGCAAACCCAAACGAGGUUUCAGAACUGAGCAAAAUAGAUAUUUAAUUACUAUAUCUGGAAGCACUUGAUUUUGUUUUUUUUUUGCUACCCAAAGAAAAGCACAUUGAUAUGCAAAGUUAAUUUCAACAUAUUACGAUAUUGCUGGGCAGUAUUGAAUUCAAAGUUGAAGUUAAACAGUAGGCAGUUUAAUUUUAGCAAUUUUAGGUUAUUUGGGUAAAAAAUAAUGAACAUAGAAUUGCCCAUUGUAGUAUGUAAAGGUUGUAGUUUACGUACAGCAAGCAGUUAUCUUGAAAAAUGUUUACUGUUUCCAGAUUUCAUAAUUGGAAUAUUUAGUCACAUUUCCUUAAUACACCCUCUUUGACAGUCCCAAAUAAAAAAAGAAAUCAUGGAGAUGAUCCAUGUCAAAAGGCUGAUGUUCAAGACUGCUGAAAUAUUUUUCUAAUGAACAGUGCAGUGUGAACUCUUAGUCGGGUUAAGCACUAACGUUUUUUUUGUUUGUUUUGUUUUUCUGCUGGACAGUAUUAUAGUAUUAAACAAAUUUAAGUACCUGCUAGAUUGCAGUUAUAUUCUAUUAAGCAGUAGUAGAUUUUUGUUUUUGUUUCUAUUCUUGUUGUUGUGUGAUCGCACAUGGACAAUAAUGAUGAAUGAAGUGGUUCAUUUGUUGUGAGUUGAUGCAUUUGCGUUUUCUUGUAAAGCAAAAAUGCAUCGAUUUAAAGAUGCAGUGUACUUCAUCAGCACGUUAUUUAUUGAACAGAAAUUGUUCGUAUUUAUAAUUAUUUAAUUUUUUUUUUUUAAAAAAAAACAUAAUCAUUACCUCUGUUCAUUUUUUCCUCAGUGCUCGCCACUGUCAGUCAUGCAGUGAUGUCUGCACUGGAGCAUCUCAGUAAGAAGCUCCUCCGUGGUGCCCUCUAGUGACACAGAUUGGCUACUGUUAUAUUCUGGACUUUAUUUUUGUAUACUGAUGAUUUGAUGCCAACCCGACAUUUUCAGUUAAAGAGCAUGUAGAAACUAAAUGUUUUUGAACACAAAUGCAGCUAACCAUUUAGUUUUAUGGAAUUUGCUUUCAUGUGACCAUUUUUUCCCCAUUUUCUUGUUUUUCGCCCAAGGCUGAUUGCUGCACCUUUAGCAACUAUGGACACUUCCUCUCUCGUUAUUGAACCUUCUAUAAUGCCAGAUUUUGUUUUAUCUUGAUUCCCUCACUCCAUCUUGGUUACUAGACAAUCAAUGUUACAAUCUGCAGAAAAAAAAAAAUUUCGCUGACAACUUUGAAGAUAAUGCAUCACAUUGGAUCAAACUUAACCAAGAAAAACAAAUUUGAAAUUUACAAAAAUUUACAAAGUUUUGCAUAUUUUUAACUCUUCUGGAUUGAUGAUGAUUAUUUUGGUAAAUUUUAGUCCUCCGUCUGUUACCAGCCCUUUGACGAAGGCGUUAUAGAAAUGUGUCGACUCACUCCAACACUUUUCAAUGGAUAUUGCUUUUGUCAAGUAACUUCCAUUUACAUUUUAAGCUUCAUUUUUGUUCGCAUCUUCAAUUUACAAGGGAAAUAUUACUUGUCACGCUAGGCCUUUUUUUUCCAUAUUAUGUACUUGUGUAUCAUCUAGCCUUUAUGUUCUGUCUUUUCCUUUUUUUAAUGUGUUUUUGUCAGCAAAAAUAUUGCAAUGUAUUAUUUCCUUUAUCCCGGUGUGCGUUAACGUGACGCAAAAUUCUAUGAGGAAAUGUGCAAUAGAAUAUUAGGGAUCUCACCAAAUACAAGGAACUGCAAAGUCGUAAGGGUUAAGAGUUUUUUGAUCCUUCCUUUUUCAAAUCAAGUCAAAAUUUGUAUGGUUUCAUGCACAGCCACCAUGAAAAGCUUUUAGCUUUUGUUUAUUUCAUGUUUUGAUAUUUUUGUUUGUUUUCGUAUUGUUUAUGCUGAAUGUCACGAUCCUCUUGGACACUGGUCCCUACGCACACGCGCACAUGCAGACAUACCGUUCGCCCACAGAUCUGUUACUUUCUCCCCAGGACUCUGAACUAAACUGCUGGGAUGCCACCAUGGCAACAGUCAAGUAUGACCACAUCUAACGCUCUUCGACAUUCUGUAAUAAGGCCGUUAGGAUUUUUCUUUUCCUUCUGUGCCAGUGGGGUAAAACCAAGUGAAACGUUGGACUGCUCCUCCUCCACACUGCCAAAGGUCUGAUAUUUCACUCCUUCUGACUAAUACCCCAUUUCCAUUUUCACAAGCUUCCAUAGCUUACAUUUGUCGUUGAAGGCUUAGCAUCUUCAACCAGCCUUUAAAAUUGAACAUGGCCUCAGAAUUGCUUCUCUCCACCUGUUUGCAUUGUUCAUUUCUGUGUCACAUCACUUUUAAAAGCAUUUUCUCGCCAUCGCAAAACCUUGUAUCUCAGAUUUUGGAUAAAGUUUUCUUUAUCCAAGAAGGAAAAAAAACUGAAAGGAAAAUUCCUAUUCCAUUCUAGUCCAUUCGUCACAAAAUGUGCAACAGGUGUUACAAAAUAUAAACAAAAAAUGUUUUUCUUCUGACAGCGAUGAUUUGUUAACACCUUUUAUCUUUUGGGCCUGUUCACACCUGGUAUAAACAUCCAUCUUCAGUGAUCUGAUCAUAAGUGGACACUCAGCACUUCCAUGUGUUUCCAGGGACCACCUAUUGUUUCAGGACUGAAGGAAAUGCCCAUAUUUACUACAUCAGUCUCUUGCUACAUUUGUUGUCAGACAAAAAUGUUCUCCAAGUCCUUGAUUUUGUCCAGUCUGUUAUAAACAGCCUGCCUGCACUUAAAUCACAUGGACUGCUAAUGCAACCUCUAAACAAACAGGAGAGAAAAUGAAGCAAGAACUUGUGCAGCUCAUUUGGUCUCUGCUGUGAUGAGGCAGUCAGUUAGUUGGUCUUUCAUUGCUGUCGAGGACACAGUGUCCUUUAGCACAUUAUAUUGCCAUAUGUCUCUCCAAACAUCUUUGAAGGUGGUUUGAGUGAUCGGAUAACAAUACAUCUCCUUACCGCUAUUCACUUACGAUCAGAUGACACAGGAUGUAUGGUAAUGCCAGUUGUAAAUGGGGCCUUGGCCUCGAAAUGCACUAAGCCUGCUCUCAAUCUCUGUCCUGCUCUUCUCGUUUGAAUGGGAGCCCUUGAAUAGGCCUACAUGAGUAUAUGUCAGUUAGGGACAUGGAGAAUCCCACUCUUUCACAUUCAGAUCUUUUUUUUUUUUUAAGUACCCUUGGUUUUGAAGUGAAAAAGAUUUUCACUGAGAAGUGUUUCUAUCUUUCAGAUGUUCUCAUUCUUGCAAGGGAAGCCACUCAUGACAGCGUUGAGCCUUGCCUAUUUGAAAAGUCAGCCAAGUGAAACAGAACUGAUGCAGCAGUGCUAUCUGCGGUCACUCGUUGUCCCGCAGAUUCUUUCUCUCUCACUUGCUCAUAUGCUCUUUUCCUCUCUUGUUCUUCAUUGGAACAAAUUGACUGUCUUUGAGGCAUGGCUCAAAGUAAGCUUAGUAAUCUUGUGCAGAAGCUCAGAAUAGUUUCCUACUGCAGGCUAUACUUUUCUUUUCUCCUUUCUCUACUUUUUACUGCUGACCUCUUAACUGUUUUUUUUUUUUCUUGCCAAGUCCAACUGUGGAUGGCUUCAUAUUCUGGCCUAUUCCUCUGGCAUGUUCCUCAACUUUACCUGAGAUAGAAAUUCCAGCUCGCUAGCCACUCUUACAAGAAGCUGAGUGUUUUCUUUUUCUUUCGUCCAUUCUGUGCCUCAGGCGGGACGCUGUAUUGCGUUGAGAUUUGAGAUCAGAUUCCUUGUUGCUGAUCUAAUACGUGUGGAAAAAUGCAAUUUUACAGCACCAGUUUUAGAAAGAGGGGGAUAGAUAGUGAGGGCAACCAGUCAGGGACUGUAAGAGUGAGUGAAUGCAUGUGUGGCUGUGUGAGUGUGUGGAGAGGUGGUUCGCGUGUCGUAAGGAUCAUAAGAAGGUGGCGAGAGAAAGUUGAUAGACGGAUUGUAUGGUAGUCAUGCGUGGAGUGCGUUGGGACUCAGUCAGGUAACACUAGAUCGAGCUGGACAGCUAUAAUGGACUUGUUCAAGUGCAUUUGCCUGAAGCCUAGCCCCGAAGACAGGAGAUCUGACAGGUGUCAAAGGAAAACCGCAGGAAGGAGAUGGAAGGCCAGGCCUCUUUGAUAAUUAGUGCUCCGUUAAAGCUCUCGGUGCGAAUUGGUUAUAGUUGAACAGAGUAGUAUGAACUUGAUGACAGCUCAUCUGUGCCUUUAGCUGAAGCUCCACAUAAAGCCUUGCCUCGGGCCAGCGUUUCUGAAAACAAACUGCUUACCGCUCGUCCUUUGGUAGAUCAUAAUGUCUGGCACUGGGGGACUCUUGGUAUUCCACUCUGCUCCCUUCAUUAAGACGAAGAAGUUCGGAGCACUGCAGGCAUGGCGGGCUACUGUGAAAUCACAUUAGCAAAACCAGUCAAUUAAUUACAGCUCUUUGGGGGUUUGCAUCCUGAAUUUAAAUGACUAACUGCAAAACUUAAUCCUGUGGAGGCCUAUGGACACAAACUGUGGACAGACUGAUUCUGUGUCAGGCUUGUUAGUGAGGGCAAAUGCUGUGUCAUCUGCAAUGUGUAGCCAUGUUGUUCACACCGGCGUGAUCUUGUCUUAAAUCAGCAUUGUCCAUUUGCAGACUAGCAGCAGUUCUAGACCUGUAGUUUCAGGGUAUGAUGUGGUUUUAGGCUUAGGGUUGUUUAUAGUGUUAUUUGGACUACAUGAUGUAGGUAAAAUCACAUGUUUCUAAGCCAAUUUAUGAUUAACUAUUAUUCAUUUGGCUUGUAAAUUAUGGUCAGAAACACAAAAUAACAGAAUUGAACUUGAAUGUGUCAAUUCAUAUAAUGAACAAGUUGAACAGGCUGCUAAAAAAAAAAGUUAUAGCCUACUAGCUAUUAAAGAUACAACCAUAUAUAAAAUGCAUUAUUUGAUUAGCUACAAUACAGAGGUGUCUCGUUUUGAUAUAUUUGAUACUGAAAAUGUUUUAUGUUAAUUUUUUCCAUGUUUAAUAUACUUAGAGCUUUAAAAAUUACAGGACAGUAUUUGAAACAGAAAACCUUUAUAGUGUCCUGAUCUAGUGACGAUACAAAAGAUAUGAUACAAUAUUAUUUGUUGAGUCCUACUAGCUACACACACUUAAAAAAGAUGGUUCUUCAACAUUCUUUAGGAAAGGCAACGGUUCUAUUUAGAAACAUGACUUCUAUAUAGAAGCAUUUCAUGCUAAAAUGGUUCAUUGCUUGAUGAAAUGGCCCUUCAGACUGAUGGAGAAUGUGUUGUAUAUCGUUCUAUACAGACCCUUUUUGAAAAUGGUUCUAUAUAGCACCAAAAAGGGUUCUGCUAUUGUCAUAAUGUGGAGCUUGUAAUGAUAAAAGAACCCUUUUUGGCGCUAUGUAGAUCCAUUUUUAAAAAGAUUGUAUAUAGAACCACAUCCAACACAUUCUCUAUUAAUCUGAACAACCAUUUCACCAUGAAAAGAACCAUUCUAUAUAGAACUUAUGGUUCUAAACAGAACCAUUGUCUUGACUAAACAACCCUUGAAGCAUCAUUGUUUUUAAAUUGUGUAGCUACUUAGCUGUUGUGCUAACACAACACAAGCUACCUAACUGUUACCUGUUACCUACCGUUAGCCUAAAGCGAGUCUAAAACCAAAUCGUUCCCUUACUCUGCAAGUCUAGAACUUCCUCUGGUUCUUCAGAUAUGAAGUUUACCUGGCUUGAGUGUUUGCCGAGGAGGUGAAGUAGAGAAAGCUAGCCGUACGUGUGCUCUGGUGAGACGCAUGAAGUGUUUUUCUGAGGAAUUAUGGCAGGUUUUUAGUUGUUUGGUUGUAUUUAGAGCGAGGAGGAGUGGGGAAGAUGUGAUGGAGCUGGGUGUGAAGGCUACAGGGUGCUAGCGGGCUGCUGCUGUGAUUUUUCUGCUCUCCUUCAUGAACACGCUGGGCCUCGCUAAUGUCUCGCCGUUUGCUCGCUCUGUCGCUGCUUGACUCUCUGCUCUAAUUACCGAUUCUCUCGUAUUAAUUAACAGCCACUGCAGUAUAACGGCUCCCUUGAAAGGCGCCGACCGCUGGGUGGUACGUCAAGUGCCACAAUGGCGGCUGUAAACACGCCAUUGAAAGCUGGAUUUGUGAAUCAGCCUCUCUAACGGUCGCCUCCCUCGCUUGUGUCCCCUCUCAACUGGCGUUUUUUGAGAACUGAAAAAGCUCCAUUAUGCCUUCUUCUUUCACAAACGUCAAAACAAGACCAUUGAACAGACUUCUAGACGUGCUAGGCCUAGUCAGGGGCUUUCAGUUUGGACUCGAUAAGGUUUUCACCCGUCAAGUUUCUAGGCCUAAAGAAACUUACCUUGGAAAUCCAGAAUAUUAAAAAAAAAAAUGCAUUAGUCGAAAUGACAGUGGUGCUAAAGCUCUUUUUACUCUGCUACUCAAAUGCAAAUCAUGUUCUGCUUCCUCAUGAUGCGAUCACGAAUGCUUGGUUUGCCAACUCCUCUUUUCAAAGAUAUACAUAAACACGGCCGUUGGGUUUUUAUUGAAGCUUUUCAGUACAGCUGUCAAGGAGGACGUUACCAUUUAAGUUUGGAAAUUUGUGAAAAUGCUUUGCAUCGAAACCAUCCUUUGCAGAGCCCCAGAGCACAAAACAUAUCUACAAAAUAAAAUCCAAUUUUUUUAUGUAUUUCUUUUGAAACCAGGUGGUCUACAGCUUUAUCUUUUUCGUUUUCAGUGUUGAUUUGUUCUUUGUUUUUAUCCUUUUUUUGUAUCUUGUUCAUGUUUACAUUGUAUCUUGCAUUGCCCUAAAAGAAAAACAAUAAAAUGUAUCGUUCUUGUUCUUU